AAAGGCUGGAGUCUUUUGGUAAGUCAAAGGCAGCUGAUAUGAACUGAGCUCUGUGCAGCAAGGGUUCUCAAAUGUCCUCAUGAGCUUUUCUUAACAGAAAACUAAACCUUAUGGCCUCCCUUUUGGCUUUAGAAAGGCAACUUACUGUUCAUUCUUCUCAAGGUGCAAAUUACUCCUCCCUAGUAUUAGGAAAAAGGGGGCUGAAGUUUCUAAGAACAGAAAUAUUUUGGAACUCGGUAUCAUUUAAUCCACAUAAAAUGUGCAUAAUUGCACCAGUCAGGAAUAUCUGUUAGCUCAACAGCAAGCUAGAAACAGGAGGGACACAUAAAAUAGAAUAUUUUAUUUUUAAAAGUUUAAUUGAUAUAUUAAUGUUACUUGCAAAAUCCUGCCAACAUGCUGAUGUAACUACUUGUUUAUUAUAAUUUAUAAAAACAGACAAGCGUUCUCCAAGCCCAUGACAGCUGCUUAUUAUCCAUUAAAUGAUACAUGGUUCAUACUUUGAAGAACAGGAAGGUUGCUAUCUUUAGUAUUUACUAAACAGCAAAUCACUGAAUGAGUGUUUUCCUUUUGUUUCCUCUCUAAAGCUGAACUGGCUGCAUUGGAUCAAUACCAUUGACUGGAAGUCUGCCAUCAAACAAGCACACACGAAACCACAGGAGGGUCUCCAUUUUUAAAGUGCCCCUGUGAGUUUCCUAUCUUUGGAGAAGAAAUGGAAGCGCAACAGAGCAAGCUGGAAUUUUUCCACAAGUUGGGCUAUGGAAAGGAGCAAGUCCGCCAAGUGCUGGAGAAACUAGGUCAAGAUGCCUCAGAGAACGAUUUGCUACAAGAGUUGGUUCAGGUGGGCAGCAGGCCUCAGGAGCCUGAGAACUGGACGCCAAGUUUUCACUCCACCCCUGCUGCCCAUGGAUCAUGCAGGCCUUUGCCAGUUUCCAGACAGUCUACCGAGGAAGGAAAUGAUCCCUCCAGUGUCUUGAGAGCUAUUGUGAUUGAUGGCAGCAAUGUUGCUAUGAGGCAAGCAUCUUUUUCAUUUUGUUAUCUCGGCGACUUCUCUGUUUCUUAAGCUUGCCCUGUUGUGCAAGCCAAAGCUUGUCCGUAGAUAUAAGAUGGGACACCUGAGGUAUGGGAAAUGCACUAUGGGGUUCAGAGGAGCAUCACCCCCAUUUCCAAGUGAAUCGAAUAACUGAUUUGCAUCAUGUCUGGAGCGAUGAGAGUGUGGUGAUCUGAAAGCUCUUCUCUUGGGGUGGUUGAUUGAUGAUGGCACAUUCAUACAAGCAUGUGCCAUCAAGCAAGAGAUAAGCAUGCAUGUGUGAACUAUCCCAUUUGCCUCAUUUUCCCAAACUGGCAUGCAUCUCAUCUCUCUCAUCCCUUUAAAGUAAGCCAUGCAGAAGUUUGCACAUGAGGAAGUUGCUGUGCCGCUGACUGCUUUGAUGCAAAAUUAUGUUCUCCAGAAGGAGAUAAGAGUUAUUUGUUAUGGUAACAGGCCUCUAUACAAACGGCCGACUUCCUGAUGAUAAAGCCAGAGGUUGGUUGAUGGUGACAGGGAAUGGUUGCAAGAGCUUGCAUUUAAGGGGAAAUGUGAAGAGAGGGAUAGAUUGGCUGUGUCUGCCUAUUAAGCACACAUGCAACCAAUCUCUUUAGCAUGCUAGAAUUCUGCUUCCCAAACAGGAACUCCCUAAGAGGUAUAUCUCUUCUACAGACUUAAAUUACAGCAUAAUCCUAACCAUGUCUACUCAGAAGUCAAUCCUUCUGAAUUCAGUGCAGACUAGCAGGGUUAGGCUUGCAACCUUAGUUUAACAAUGAUGCAAUUUUCCCAAGGAUUCCUAGGAACUGCAGUUCUGUAAAGUGGACUGGGGAUUCCUAACAAAGAAACCUCAACACCUGCUCCAAACUACAAUCUCCAUGAUUCUUUUGAGAAAGCAUGGCAGCACAAUUGGCAUAUAAUGGAUAUAAAUUUUAAUUUUUUAUGGCUAAGUAUUCAUUUACUCCUUAAUUAUGCAGAUUUUGGCUGUGUCUGCACAUCAUAAUAGACCAUAAACCAUGGUUUACUGUUCAUGAGCCACUUUGCUCCUUCCUGUAUUGCUGCAUUCAUGAUACUAUAGCACAUGAACUGGGCCACUGUGUCUUCUGUUUCAGCUACCAACAACCUGCCCCUGUAUUACCGCUGUUAGAGCCACAAACUCCACUACUGGCUUCCCACUAUUAACACUUUCCAUUUUGCCUAGUCCUUUUUUAUAGCUUGUGAUGGCUGUUAGAUCAAAUAUCCAGGGACAGGAAGCCCUAAAGCAGUUGGUGCCCUCCAAAUAUUUUGGACUAGGUUGGAUACUGUUGCCCUAAACUAAAUUAAACCUCUUUGUUUUCAUACUCAGGCUGCUGAAAGAUUAAACAAAUGCCAAUAAAAUCAAUGACUCACCUCUUUUUAUCCUGGUAAACAACUGCAAGGUUUCUUUCUCAUAGAAUCAUAGAGUUGGAAGAGACCACAAGGGCCAUCGAGUCCAACCCCCUGCCAAGCAGGAAACACCAUCAGAGCACUCCUGACAUAUGGUUGUCAAGCCUCUGCUUAAAGACCUCCAAAGAAGGAGACUCCACCACACUCCUUGGCAGCAAAUUCCACUGUCGAACAGCUCUUACUGUCAGGAAGUUCUUCCUAAUGUUUAGGUGGAAUCUUCUUUCUUGUAGUUUGGAUCCAUUGCUCCGUGUCCGCUUCUCUGGAGCAGCAGAAAACAACCUUUCUCCCUCCUCUAUGUGACAUCCUUUUAUAUAUUUGAACAUGGCUAUCAUAUCACCCCUUAACCUCCUCUUCUCCAGGCUAAACAUGCCCAGCUCCCUUAGCCGUUCCUCAUAAGGCAUCGUUUCCAGGCCUUUGACCAUUUUGGUUGCCUUCCUCUGGACACGUUCCAGUUUGUCAGUGUCCUUCUUGAACUGUGGUGCCCAGAACUGGACACAGUACUCCAGGUGAGGUCUGACCAGAGCAGAAUACAGUUGCACUAUUACUUCCCUUGAUCUAGAUGCUAUACUCCUAUUGAUGCAGCCCAGAAUUGCAUUGGCUUUUUUAGCUGUCGCGCCACACUGUUGGCUCAUGUCAAGUUUGUGGUCAACCAAGACUCCUAGAUCCUUUUCACAUGUACUGCUCUCAAGCCAGGUGUCACUCAUCUUGUAUUUGUGCCUCUCAUUUUUUUUUGCCCAAGUGCAAUACUUCUUUACAAGAAUAUCAUGGGGCACCUUUUCAAAUGCCUUGCUGAAAUCAAGGUAGGCUACAUCCACUGCGUUCCCUUCAUCUACCAGGCUUGUAAUUCUGUCAAAAAACGAGAUCAGGUUAGUCUGACAUGACUUAUUUUUCAGAAAUCCAUGCUGACUAUUGGUGAUCACAGCAUUCCUUUCUAGGUGCUCACAGACUGUUUGCUUAAUGAUCUGCUCCGGAAUCUUCCCUGGUAUUGAUGUCAGACUGACUGGGCGGUAAUUAUUUGAGUCCUCUCUUUUCCCCUUUUUGAAAAUAGGGACAACAUUUGCCCUCCUCCAGUCUGCCGGGACUUCGCCUGUUCUCCAGGAAUUCUCAAAGAUGACUGCCAGUGGUUCUGAGAUCACAUCUGCCAGUUCUUUUAAUUCUCUUGGAUGCAGUUCAUCUGGCCCUGGAGACUUGAAUACAUCUAAACUAGCCAAGUAUUCUUCUACUAUCUCCUUAGUUAUUCUGGGCUGUGUUUCCUCUGCUGAAUCAUUUGCUCCAAAUUCUUCAGGUCGGGCAUUGUUUUCUUUAUCGGAGAAGACUGAGGCAAAGAAGGCAUUGAGGAGUUCAGCCCUUUCUGUGUCCCCUGUUUGCAUUUCACCAUCUUCUCCUCUGAGUGACCCCACUGUUUCUUUGUUCUUCCUUUUUGCUACAAACAUACCCAUAAAAGCCUUUUUGUUGCUUUUAACCUCUCUAGCAAGCCUGAGUUCAUUCUGUGCUUUAGCUUUUCUGACUUUGUGUCUACACGUGCUGGCUAUUUGUUUGAAUUCCUCUUUGGUGGUUUCCCCCCUUUUCCAUUUUUUGUACACAUCCUUUUUUAAUCUUAACUCAGUUAAAAGUUCUUUAGAUAGCCACCUUGGCUUCUUUAGGCACCUUCCAUGUUUCCGUCUCACUGGUAUUGCCUGAAGUUGUGCUUUUACUAUCUCCCUCUUAACAAACUCCCAGCCAUCAUGAACUCCCUUUCCUUUUAGUAUUACUGUCCAUGGGAUCUCACCCAGCACUUCCCUAAGUUUUAUAAAGUCGGCUUUCUUAAAGUCAAGAAAUUGAGUCCUAGUAUGCUUGGCUGCUGGAGUGGGUGGAGUUCAGUUUCAGAUAAACUCACAGACCUGCGUAUGAGUCAAUGAUUUUAGAAUUGUUCAUAUAGGUAGGCAAGGGAAACAAACCUAGGACAACAAUCCUGGGGGUGGGAACUCUAUGAUCAUGCACAAUCUCUUUGAUAGAGAGGUAAUAAGGAUGCUGGCUUAGAUUAGCAUUUACGUUUGGUGAUCAUAAAGUCCAGUGCACCUGGCCUGGGAGAGCAUGGCCCUGACUGAAUCCAGUCAAAAAAGCAACUGAAUAGACUCUUGGGCUGUGGCAUUGUUUAGGGUGUUUUCUUGGGAUUUUUGUUGUUGUUGUUCUUGAUGUUAAUUUUUGUUUGUUUUUUUGUUUGUUUUAGAUCUCAUUAUGAUUUAUGUGGGAAAUUGUUCAAUUUGGUUGUACACUUUUUGAUGUGUUGUUUGUGACUUUUUGUUAUGUUUCUAAUUAUGUAAUUCUUGUCAUGUUGUCAGCCACCUUGAGCAUCAUUUUAACUAUGGAAAGGCAUCAUACAAAUUAAAUGAUGAUGAUGGUAGAGGCUGAAGUAAAAUUACUUUAGAAAUUUCAUUUAUCCCUGUACUGUACUUGGUUCCAUGCCUUGCCUAUUUAAUAUCCUUGCCUAUUUAAUUUCCUCCAUCUACAUAUAUUUCUGAGCUGAUUUGCCGUGAUAAAGAAUCUAGCUCUGACUCAUCAUUCCUCAAGGUGACUUCUGAACAGUAGGGGCAUAGAAGGGAAGGAGACAUACCUACAGAAUAUCAAUGAUACGAAAUACUAGAACACAUGUAAACUGAGCAGAUAUCAUAGGCAGAAACUGUCAAAAAGCAGCAAGACUUUCUGACCCUAAAACAUACUUCCUUUCUCUCAGUCUCUCUGUCUUUUCUUUUUUUUUUCAGUCAUGGAAAUAAGGAAGUGUUUUCAUGCUUGGGAAUUCAGCUGGUGGUGGACUGGUUCAAACAGAGAGGUCAUCAAUAUAUCAAAGUCUUUGUCCCAUCAUGGAGAAAGGAACCAAGCCGCUUUGAUAACCCCAUUACAGGUAGGCAUGCCUCCCGUACAUAUUUUAGAUAUAAAAGCUUGCAAAAUAUUAGGUCACCAUUUUGGCUCCUAGUUCAGACACAUCCCACAGGAGUUGGUGCAAACAGGUGUGCUUUGGAAAACUCUUCCAAGGCUGGUCUAGGAGAAUAAGUUGUAUCUACUCUGAUACAAUUGAAUUAUUUUCUGUUAUAAACACAGACUUUGAUGUAUUUAAAUAUUUUUCUUUCAAACCUUUGCUGUAUCGUUUAAAGAGUGCAAGAGAGCCAAUCACUUUCAUUCUGUCUCCCCAACAAACAUGUCUCCUACAAAUAGCCUGGCAUCUUUUUCUGCCUUGUGUUUCUAACACUAAUAUUGAGAUGUCCGAGACUCCAGGUCAAUGGCUAGGGUUAGCAGCUCAUGAAUGAAAAGAUCCCUUCUUCCCUCUGGCACCGGUAAAAAGAAAAAAGAAAGAAUAUCACAUUAUGUAUUUCCAUAAUUCACAAGGAUGUUGCAGGUACUCAAUAGCUAACACAUUAACUAAUAACAUGAAAACAUUAAAGGAUGGUUAUGGAGGAAGUGAUUUUUAGACUACAGAGUGGCAAGGAAACCAAGGGCCACAUUUCCUCAUGGACAACCUUCCAGGGGCCACAUGCCAGUAGUGGGUUAGUCCAGAAGAAAAAGUUUCAGAGCAACUGAUGUGACUCUUGCACAGCCCAAAGCCAUAUGUUUCUACAAACAUACACAAAAACACUUAAGGAAGGUGAGGGUUAUGGCUAGAGGAGAAUUUAAAGAGCCAGAAAGAGAAGCCAGGAGGGUUGUAUUUGAUUCAUGAGCUGAAGUUCCUCACCCAUGUCAGUGGCAUUUGUUUCAACCUAUCUGUCUAUGCUUAUCCCUGUAGAAAUAAAUUCCAACUCAUAGUGGAAUGUUAUGCUUCCCAAAGUUAAGGUCUACUCUACUAUGUGAACAGCAAACUAUUUUUCAGAUUUAUAUGCAUCAUCCUCAACUGCAUCACUGUAAUUCACCUAGUUCUCUUCCCGUCUGUUCCAUAAAUUGAUGACCUGCUUUAUUGUCUUGGGACCACAAGCCAACUCACUCUAGUGAAAGGUGAUAAUAUAGACCUGAAUUGUGUUUAUUAACUGGUAGAUCAGAUCACUGAUAGUGCAGAUUAGAGAGGAGCUCAGAUAUUAAUCCACCAUUUUACUCUGAUGACAUCACUCCCACCAUAAGCCAACUUGAGCUCUUGAUUGGUCCAGUUUAUUAAGUGCUGAGCAUGCAAAAUCCACAUUGUGGAGUUCUGGCCCUCUUUAAAUUUAAUUAAGUAAUUUACAGACCAGUUCACAUUCCAGUUACACUGAAAUCAAUGGAAUUAAAAUGGAUUCAAUCCAAAUAAUUAAAUUUAAUUUGAGCAGCUGAUUGUGCUGUUAGUUACUAAUAUAGUGACUUGAAUGGAGAAACCUUUAAGCACAUUUUUGAGGAUUCCCUGCAUGAUUUGUGGUGGUGUUCUUAUUCCAAACUUCUGCUUGGGAUCUUCUUCUUUUUUGUUUAAUUCUCUUCUCUUAUUUUUACGUAGAUCAGCAUGUUCUUGAAAAACUUGCAAAGGAAGCAAUUCUUGUGUACACACCAUCCCGCAGAAUGAAAGGCAAAAGGCUGGUAUGCUAUGAUGAUCGGUACAUAGUUAAACUGGCGUAUGAGCAAGAUGGGAUCAUCGUUUCCAACGAUAACUUUCGGGACCUGCAGAAUGAAAAUCCUGAGUGGAAAUGGUUCAUUGAACAGCGACUACUGAUGUACUCCUUUGUCAAUGACAAGUAAGAGACUGGCCUAUUUGCAAAUAUUAUUUCACCUUGGGUCACGUAUCUGAGUGAAACUGAACCUUAGCAUGGUCAGCUGCAGUUCUCAUUACAUUAAGGGGGGAAAGUACUUAGCUUUUUGAAAAGGCACCCUUUAAGACAUUUUCUUGGCAUCUGUUAGUAUACAUAUUUGUAACCUUGGCCAUAACCAAAAAAGGAACUUAAUUGUAUGUACCUAUGUUGCCACAGAUUGUUAAUUCUGCCCAUUUUUUAUCUAGUUAAUACAGCUAGAUAUAAGAUGCUACCUAUCUUCCCAUCAGUGGAGGAACUGUGUACAUGUUGCAAAUCUUUUUUUUGCUAAGAAUCCCUUCAGUAAACUUCAAAUACAAUUCAGAAAAUAUGGUGAUGUUUGCCCAAUAACUGUGAUCAUUUCCUUUUUAGAUUUAUGCCUCCUGAUGAUCCCUUAGGCCGGCACGGACCCUCUCUUGACAGCUUUCUCAGCAAAAUGCCACAGAUUCCCGAGCCAAAAUGGCAGCUCUGUCCUUAUGGUAGGUUUUGUUUAAUGCCAUUCACAGCUUUAUCUGCCUCCCUGGUGGGAUCCCCAGGGAGAUUAACUUGAGGCUCUAGAGAAAGAACCAAGACAUGAGUAUUAUUCAGACAUUCCAAUCUCUCAUACAACCAAGGAGAGCAGAUGUAUACAUGCUUGCUCCACUCAUGUUGGAGAGAAAUUCCGAAGUGGGGAAACUUCCUUACGCAUGUAGACGCCACACAUUAUUUUUGCCUCCAUUGCAGACAUUUGCCUCCAAUUUUUGGAGAAUGAUGAAAAAAGCACUGCUCAUUCCAGCUCUCUCUCAUGCAAUUCUAAUUCCUCUGGUGGGUGAUUCAUGUACCUGCUUUUCAUGUUUUCAGUGUAAAAUCCAAAUGGGGAACAUGUGCAUCAACCUCAUGCAGAAAUGCUCAGUCUCCCUCAACUUCUGGAGCUCACAAAUAUUUCAACACAACUGACAACAGAAGCACAUAAAGCAGGUGUGCAAGCCACAACUUUUUGCCACUUUAAAAACAAUUGCAAGUACUCCCCCAUUUCAUUGCAAAAGACAGCAGGUUGUAUGUGAUGUAAUAGUUACUUUCCCCCACUCUGUAUUUGUUUGUCUAUUUAGAGUAUUUUCACCCUUCUCUUCAGCCAAAAAAAAGACUCCUAGAGUGGGUUACAGAGGUCAAUACUAAGACUGCAAGCCUGACAGUAACAAUUACAUAAAAGACAGGGCAUAAAAAGAAAUUUGUAUUAAAUUUGAAUUAGCUUGGUGUUAAUUUGUUAAAAAUUUUGAAAAUCAAAAAUUAAUUGGCAAAAAAGAAAGAAAAUAAGAAGCAGAGAGGACAAAGGGGUAGAGGAAAAUAACAAAUUCAGACACUAGCUCUUAGUUCUAGAUUUCAGCAGGUCAUGGAGCUGGAUCUAAGCACAGUGGAAGGUUCUGCGGCUUGCUCUCCCUCCAGUGGCUCCUGUGAUUGUUGCUGGUAACUGAAGGGAAGGCUCUCAGCUGGAGGGGUGCUAACUGCUGUUUUCUCUCCUGCUGGUGACCUUCUAGUGAAUCUCACCAUACAGAUUGAACACGGGGGUUUAUUAUUGAGCAAUGCAUUAUGAUACGCUUCUGCAUGUCUUCCAAGUGAAACAAUAGCCUGUGGUAAGAUACCCACACUUCACAUGUUGUACAGCAGUGUGAGAAAUAUACAUGCCACAUUCUCACUGCAUAUGCAAAGCUAUCCUCAAGUUAGGAGAAGCGUGCUGUUCUGACAAUGACCACAAAGGGGCUGAAUGGCCCUUCUGAUACAAAGAUGAAGUAUCAGAAUACUCUGGGCGUACCCAGGGCAGCCAAUGACAUGAGUUUCUGAAAAACAUACCAUUCUCUCUUAAUAUUAAUUGUUCUAUAAACUGAUAAGCCCAAAAGCAUCCAACAGGCUUUUAUCUGCCGUACAGGCAUGCUUCCACGACCCUGUGUUGCAUCCCACUGAACAUGUAUUUAGCAAAUUAUCUGCUCCGUUUUCCCCACACAGGCAAAAAAUGCACAUAUGGCAUCAAGUGCAAAUAUUACCACCCAGAAAGACUGACUUGGGACCAUCGCUCUGUAGCUGAUGAGCUCCGAGCUAAGACAAAGACCAACUCACUUGCUCAGAGGACAGAAGAAGAGAAGACAAGAGCAAACCCAGUAAAGAACAGAGAUGGGAAUACAUCACAUUUACCUGGUCCCAAUGGUGGUAGUGUUAUUGGCAGGAGAAGCUCAGCACACAGCUUGGCAACAUUUCACAGUAAUCCCCAACAGUGGGAAGGAGAAGACAACAGGGAUGCAGCAAGUGACUGGACAAAGAUACAUCAAGACAACUGGCAGCCUGAAUCUACUGAAUUACAAGAAGAUCAGGCAGGGGCCAUGUCAAAGCAACUGACUGCAUUGUCUCUCAGUGCCAGCAAAUACUCUGGAAAUACUCUUGCUGGACCUGGUAAAUAUGAAGACAUAGUGGGUGACCCACGUAGGGAUCAUUAUCUCAAAUACAACCAGACUUCAUCUCUGUCUCCUCACAGUCUGUGCUGGGAUUGCCCUUGCUUACAAAUAUGUAAUUUUCAAGGAUGUUACAGAAUGCAAACAGCAGCAGUGUCAGUCCCGACCUCACAAACACCUUCUAGUUUGCUAAGGGAUGGCUUGAAGGCCCAACAUGAAGGACGACAUGGCUCUAUGGUUUCUUUUGCUGAGUCAUUUUCAGGCUGCAAGGAUGGAGAUAUGAAAUAUCCUGGAAAUCUGCAGACCAAAUCUUACAACCCAUUAUUUUUUAUGGAUUCCAGCUCAUUCAACACACUAGACCAUUACACACAUCCUUCUGGUACUGAGGCCCAGCAGAAUUUGACUCUGCAGUCACUUCCUAGAGAGCAAGCAAAUGUCCAGCAAGCACAGUACUUUGGCUUCCCAUAUAAUGCAGCAGAGCAAACUGUGUCCUCCUCCUACACCAAUAUUGUAGAUGAGACACACUUAAUGCCAUUCGUUCAUUGGCAUGGGACCCUACAUAGCAGAUCUCCUAACAGAAAACCAUGGUAAGGAGAAAGAGAGGAGUUGGUAAUGCCCUAUUCAAAGACUCCAGUAUUCACCUUGUUCAACCUCAACAAGUCUCUCAGUGGAAAGUAGUAUUUAUAUGCUGGCCUUGAGAUUUGUUUGUAUUCUACAUCCCCUACCUUCUGCAUGAUUUCUCUUCUGCCAUCAUUGCAAGCAACAUCCUGACCUUCACUCCCUCUAGCCAGUUUGUGUUCUCCUUUCCAGAGACUACUCACAUGCCACACUUCCCAAAAAGCUUUUCCUAGAUCAGUGUUCUUCAACCAUGGAUCCCUAGACUACAACUCCCAACAUCCUUGACCAUUGGCAAAACUGGCUGGGGAUGUUUUGAGUUGUACACCAAUAACAGCCAGAGACUUAAGGUUAAAGAACACUGUUCCAGAUCACCACCACAACCUCCUCUGUUACAAUCUGUUUAAAUUCCAGUUAACCCCUUCUCCACAAACAAAUCCAUCUUUAUCAAAUCCAUCUUUCAGCUUUUUCUUACCUGUGUCCGAGGUCUGUGUAGAGCUUAUCCUUACCAAGGUUCUACUGGUGUUACAUUAGUGUGAUAAAGAUGUGGAUGAAAAAUAUAUACAGCUAAAUAUUUGAGGAUGUGUUGUUGGGCAAUGCUGAUAGGGGUGCAGGCCCAUGCAGAGCAGGGGUGGGCAGCAGGGUACACUUGCCCCAGGCCUCGGGGGACCCUGCCAGGGACUGGUUGCUUUUUUUGUUUCAGUGUGUAACUUUAUUCUAACAAGACUUCUGUCCUGGGCCUCAGACAAGCUCUGCAUGGGCUUGCAGGUGGGGGCCCUCUCUGACAUGUCCAAGUAAUGUUUAGAAAUGCACUUCAGUAUGCUUUGCAUAGAAAACACAUGCUCAGCUGGGCAAACAAGGUCCUGUGUGGAUGCUCAAGUGGCAUCUGUGACAAGAAGCAUCUUUUGCCAACUUUGACUGGUGCUCCACUUGUGGCAUUUUGACACAGUUUGUAACGUCCAGGUUAGAUUAUUAUAAUGUAGUAUAUAUCAGACUGCUUCUGAAAUUGUUUUUUGAAACUGCAGCUGGUCCAAAAUAUAGUAGCAGCUCUUUUGCUCCAUUUAAAAAUGUUUUUAUAUAUUCUUCUUGCAUUGUUUUAGCAGUUUAUGUAUAUGCUGCCUUGAAGACCAAUUGGUAGAGGGGUGGGCUAGAAAUAUUUUUAAUUAAAUAAACAAGCCAGCAACACACCCCUUGUGUAUUUCAUUUGACUCAGAUACUCUGAGAUAUAGGGUGAUAGAUAUAUGUCAAAGUAUUUCCAUCUUUAAAAAAGCUUUUGAAAUAGCUGGGGCUGUAGGGAGGAAAGCGAUCCAGAAUGAGACUGGACUACAGAGGAGAGGAGGGGAGAUUAACUUUAUCCCCUCACAGUGUGUCCUUACUAAAAACAUAAUAGCUUGGAUUCAGCUAACACAACAUUUUAAUAGAAGCCAGCACAAGGGACACAGUCACAGGUCUCAGUCCUGCCCCUCCCCCCAUGACUAAUAUUGCAAAAACUUUGGGGAGAGAUAGAGAUGCUAUCACACUUCUUAACACUUAUGUGUAUUUUUGUGCUAAAAGUCCAGUCAGAGGUUAAUUUCUAAUUUGCGGGGG